CCCAGCGCUCAACGCCUCCUGAAGAAAGCGUGUCGACGCAUUCUGCCCCACACAAAUACACUCCUUGCAAUACACGGGCAUGGCAGUCAACGGCAGUGUUCGUAGAGCCAACUUCGUCUCGCCUCUCACACACCAACAGCGCUCAGCGUCACAAUCUACUCAAAUACCUGAACACUCGCCCGCCAACUCUGCGCGCGCACAAUUGACCUCCAAGAUGCCUUCGGUCAUACCCUCAACAACAAAUGUCGCGCCCGCUCUGAAGAGGAAGCAGUCAUCGCCGAUGAUGCCUCCCUUCAUGGUGUCUGCGCCUGGAAAGGUCAUUGUGUAUGGAGAGCACGCUGUAGUGCAUGGCAAGGCUGCGAUCGCUGCUGCCAUCUCGCUCCGCUCAUACUUGCACGUCUCGUUCCUUUCAAAGUCGAACCGAACCGUUAAGCUGCGCUUUCCCGAUAUACAGAUGGAACACACAUGGAACAUCGACGAGCUGCCUUGGGACGCAUUCUCCAAAGCAGGGAAGAAGAAGUACUAUUACGACCUUGUCACAGCAUUGGACCCUGACCUCCUGGCCGCUAUACAACCCUUCAUUGAUGAGGUGUCGCCGAAAGCUCCCGAAUCGAUACGCAAGAUACAGCAUGCCUCCGCUUGCUCCUUCUUGUACCUCUUCCUUUCGCUAGCUUCGAGGAAGACACCACCAUGCGUGUACACACUACGCUCAACAAUACCAAUAGGGGCCGGGUUAGGCAGUAGCGCUAGUAUUUCCGUCUGCUUGAGCGCCGCGCUACUCAUGCAAAUCCGCGCCUUGAGCGGACCUCACCAAGACCAGCCUCCGCAAGAGUGCGAACUGAACAUUGAGCGCAUCAAUCGCUGGGCCUUUGUUGGAGAGAUGUGUAUUCACGGCAACCCGUCUGGUAUCGACAACACAGUUUCGUCAGGCGGAAAGGCAGUCUUAUACCAGAGGAUGGGAGAGGGCAAGCCACCUCGCGUCGAACCUCUUCAUAACUUCCCAGAGCUUCCAUUGCUCCUGGUCAACACACGACAGUCUAGGAGUACAGCCACCGAGGUCGCAAAGGUUGGGACCUUGAGGACAUUGCACCCGGCCCUUGCAGAGAACAUUCUCGAGUCGAUUGGCAUGGUCACCGAGUCCGCUCACCAGCUCCUCACAUCACCAGAUUUCGACCCCACAUCUCACACCGCCCUCAAACAUCUUGGCGAGCUUGUGACUAUAAAUCACGGCUUGCUCGUCUCGCUCGGCGUUUCACACCCCAAACUUGAGCGUGUUCGCGAACUCAUCGACCAUACCGGCAUCGGCUGGACAAAGCUUACCGGCGCUGGCGGCGGAGGCUGCGCCAUAUCGAUCAUCAAGCCAAAGCCACCAGCGCUCACCAACGGCCACAGCAACGGCACUCACGAACUCUCCUCUGACGAAUCAGAUAACUCUUCCGAAGCCGAUUGUAGCGCGUCGAUAAUCUCAAAUGGCACAAAGCUCAAGCACAAGAUCUUGGAUUCUCUUCAAGUCAAGCUUGAAAAUGAAGGAUUUGAGAAGUUUGAGACUACGCUCGCUGGCGACGGUGUCGGAAUCCUGUGGCCGGCCGUACUACACAACGGCAAUGAAGAGGAAGGUGGAGAAGAGAUCGACCAAGAGAAGUUCCUAAUGGCUGAAGGAACCGUUGGGAUAGAGAGGCUAGUAGGUGUAGCGGGUCCUCGAAGAAAGCUCGCGAAAGACGUUCGUGAGGGCUGGAAAUUCUGGAGGCCAUGGGUUACGCACGAGGAAUAA